CCUCCCCCUCCCCCGCCCGCACCUCCAAUGCACCACCACGACCACCACCCCUUCCUCCUUCCUCACCGGCGUCCACUACUCCACCCUCGCUGCCGGCAACUCCCCUCUGUCUCCAUCCUCUUCUUUCUUCGUCACCUAAACCAGACACCAAUUUCUUCUUCUCUUUCCCCCUUCUCUAUGAAUCUAAAGCGAGCAUGACGGUGAACGAAGAGAGUUCGACGAGCACAGCGGAGCAAUCUCCGUCCCAGAUGUAAUCUCCUUCUCCGUCAAUAUAGUUUGCCGUUUCUAAGUUCAUUCAAGUCCGCAAGUUUGUAGAUCUGGUUUGCCGUCUGUUCAUGGGUUCAUUUCUGUUCUUACUCUUGUUCAAAGUGAAUAGGCGGAUAUGCAUAUUAGAUCUAUGUGCGGAUUCUAUGCACAAAUAUAAGUGCAUAUCAAAGUUAUUAAUAAUUAAUGGGUGGAGAUGUAUAUAAAGAUUCGUUUCAUCGCUCCAUUUCUGUCAACUUGAUUUUUGAAACUUCAUUCAUACCUGGUUCUUUGAUCUGCCGAUGAGAAAAGGUGACAGAGGUGGCGAGGGUUACUUUUUUUGGAUGGGCCUAUUUUGGUCUUUUCAUUUUUAUAUUUAUUUAAUUAAAUAUAAUUAAAUAGAAAUGGGGCACCAUGGGAUCAGCAGCUAUCAGCCAUUGCUGCACUCUCCCACUCCCGCGCCCCCUACCUACCGCUUCUUCAUCAUCUUCUCCUCAUAGCUGUACGGCAGUAUCUUUGUCUACACCAAACCCCUGUACGAAUCUCUCUGCGUUUUGCCUUCUUCGUUGUAAAUGGCAGUUCAAUGACACAGAGAACACCCUCCAAAGUUGGAUUUUUAAUAUUGAUCUAUCACUGCCCCAGUCUGCGACCCCUCAAUGCCUUCUACUCCCCCAAGCUUCGCGCUUUCCAUCAGGGACGACCAAAUGGAUGGCAAAGAUCGCGUGAAGGAAAGCAAGUGUGCUUUCCUUGUGGUAGCUCUUUGUCCUUGUCUCGUAUGUUUUAUUCUACUUCUAAUUGCACUAUCUAUCGUUCUCGUCGUCAAAUUCCAUUUCUUUUGCCACUCUCCCCUCCAUUCCUUACUCUUCAAAAAGAAUUGCUGAUUCCCCUUUCGGAAAAAGUUUCCGGGUUGUCGACAAUUGAUAGUUCUAGGGCAUUUGCAAGUGGCACUGGGGGUGAUGAAGAUGAAUAUUCUGAGAUUGAAUCUGGAAACGACGACGAUGAUAGCGAUCGGGAUUGUGAUGGUGGUGGAGAUCUUAAUGCUAAAUCCGGCGCUCACCCGGAUGAAGUUGAUAGGGUGUGCAAGGUGAUUGAUGAAUUGUUUGCGUUGGAUCGGAAUAUGGAGGCAGUUCUUGAUGGGUCUGGGAUACAAUUGUCAAAUGAUUUGGUCGUGGAUGUUCUAGAGCGGUUCAAACAUGCUAGGAAGCCAGCAUUUCGAUUCUUUUGUUGGGCAGGUCAGAGGCCAGGUUUUGCCCAUAAUUCCAGGACAUAUAACUCAAUGAUGAAUAUUCUUGGGAAGACUAGACAGUUCGAAACCAUGAUGGCAAUACUUGAGGAAAUGGGUGAAAAAGGCCUUUUGACCAUGGAAACUUUCACCAUUGCUAUCAAAGCCUUUGCUGCUGCGAAAGAGAGGAAAAAAGCUGUCGGGAUCUUUGACCUGAUGAAGAAGUACAGAUUUAAAGUGGGUGUUGAUUCUAUUAAUUUCUUGCUUGAUACUCUUGGAAGGGCAAAACUUGGCAAAGAAGCGCAGGCCAUAUUUGAAAAACUGAAAGAUAGAUUUACAUACAAUUUACAGACUUACACGGUGCUUCUUAAUGGUUGGUGCAGGGUAAAAAAUUUGAUGGAGGCAGGGAGGCUGUGGAAUGAGAUGAUUGAUGAGGGAUUUAAGCCGGAUGUUGUUGCACAUAAUAUUAUGCUUGAGGGUUUGUUAAGGUGUAAGAAGAAGUCUGAUGCGAUCAAAUUAUUUGAAGUCAUGAAAGCCAAAGGUCCAUUGCCCAAUGUCCGGAGUUACACCAUUGUAAUACGGGAUUUGUGCAAACAAAAAAUGAUGGGGGAAGCAGCUGAAUUUUUCCACCAAAUGAUUGAUUCUGGAUGUCAACCGGAUGUUGCAGUCUACACCAGUUUGAUCACUGGGUUUGGAAACCAGAAGAAAAUGGAGGUGGUAUACAAUCUACUGCAGGAAAUGAGGGAGAAGGGUUGUCCACCAGAUGGGAGGACCUAUAACGCAUUAAUAAAGUUGAUGACAAGUCAACAUAUGCCCAAUGACGCGAUGAGAAUAUACAACAAGAUGAUUCAAAAUGGUGUUGAACCAUCAAUUCACACUUACAACAUGAUAAUGAAGUCCUUCUUUGUGACAAAAAAAUAUGAAAUGGGCUAUGCAAUUUGGGAUGAGAUGUGUCAGAAUGGGUGCUGUCCUGACAACAAUUCCUACACCGUAUUAAUUGGAGGGCUUAUAAGACAAGGAAGGUCUGGAGAGGCAUGCAAAUUCUUGGAGGAAAUGAUAGAGAAAGGAAUGAAAACACCUCAGCUUGAUUACAACAAGUUUGCUGCUGAUUUUUCUAGAGGAGGGAGGCCUGAGAUACUUGAGGAGUUAGCUCAAAGGAUGAAAUUUUCUGGUAAAUUUGAAGUGUCCAAUGUCUUUUCCAGGUGGGCAGAGAUGAUGAAGAAAAGGGUCAAGAGAAGAGAGCCUACAAAAUAUAGUAGGCAGUUUUCAUGAAUAUCUGAUUGCCAUACUGGUGGCCAGAACCUCUUUGGCCUGAUAUUACAAUAGUUGUAUCCAAGAUGGUAUCUCAGUUAUUUUCCUGCAACAUUAUGCAUUUAAUAUGCUAGGCUUAUUUCCUUCCUAUCGUAGAUGUCCAAUAGUGUUUCUGGAUGAUAAAGUUAUCGGUUUGGGAAUCCUUUCUCACUUGGGCACUUUGUUCUCUUGAAGGAUUGCCAGUGAUGUAGUUCCAAUUGAUUUGCAAAAGACAGAGUUAUGUUGUUAGGUCUCCAGUAUCAUCAAUGUUGAAAGCCAAGCUGAUUCUUUGGGUGCGACA